AUGUGUGUAUGUGAGAAAUUGCUUUUUGACGACUCUGAAAUGCGGGAUGAGGCUGGUGGAUGUAUUCUGAACAAGAACUCCAAUGGAAACGUCCUUAAAGAAAACUUUGUUGUGAAAGACAGUGCUGAAUUGGUCUGCAAAGCUAUCGGUGGUGUAAGACAUGGUGGUUGGCAGUUGGUGGACGAUAUCACUCCACGUGAUUGGAUGUCUUCCAUGUACAACGAAAAAUGGGCUGUAUCCUGUAGUGUCGUUUAUGUUUGUGUUAUAGGCAAAGACGAUAGGUUGGAGAAAGUCUGA